AUGUCGGUGUUUCAUGACGAGGUGGAGAUCGAGGAUUUUGAGUUUGAUGAAGACACAGAGACGUAUUAUUUCCCGUGUCCCUGCGGAGACCGGUUCGCAAUCUCUCGGGAGGAUUUGGAGAACGGGGAAGAGGUGGCCACGUGUCCCAGCUGCUCCCUCCUACUGAAAGUCAUCUAUGACAAGGAGUUGUUCUUAUCGGGAGAAACUGUUGCUGCUCCUUCAAACACGUCCAAACUGGAGCUCGUGCAGUCCUGA